GCGUCUGGUAGCAGGAGAAGAUGGCGGUCUCCACAGGAGUUAAAGUUCCUCGGAAUUUUCGCUUGUUGGAAGAACUUGAAGAAGGACAGAAAGGAGUAGGUGAUGGCACGGUUAGCUGGGGCCUUGAAGAUGACGAAGACAUGACACUCACAAGGUGGACAGGCAUGAUCAUUGGGCCGCCAAGGACAAACUAUGAAAACAGAAUAUAUAGUCUGAAGGUAGAAUGUGGAUCUAAAUACCCAGAAGCUCCUCCAUCCGUUAGAUUUGUAACAAAAAUUAAUAUGAAUGGAAUCAAUAAUUCCAGUGGAAUGGUGGAUGCACGAAGCAUACCAGUAUUAGCAAAAUGGCAAAAUUCCUAUAGCAUUAAAGUUGUCCUCCAAGAGCUAAGACGUCUAAUGAUGUCCAAAGAAAAUAUGAAGCUUCCACAACCACCGGAAGGACAAACAUACAACAACUGAGUUUAGUGGAUCUCAAACUUGUCUUAAAUCAACAGCCUUCUACUCAUGUUAAUGUCUUGAUUAAAUAUCACCAUGCAAAAUACCCACACAUUAAGUAAAAGAAUUCCAGCUGGUAAACAUGACCUGGACAGCUGUAAGAAUAUAUUUAAUAUAUGUACACCUAUUAUGUUUUCAGGUAACAGGAGAAGUGCGGCACAAUUCUUCUUCUCUUCUUAGAGCACUGUCAUGUAGACAUGAGCCUGAAGUCUUCAAAAUUGAAUUCAGGUUUUCAAGACAAAAGCACGGCAAAGGAGUGUCAGGUGGCAGUGGAAACCUUUGUCUUUCUGAACAAUAAAGUCUCAAGAAGGAAGAGCAGAAAUGGCAUGCUUUAUCCAUGCUUAGACUACAGAACUGUUUAAAGUAGCAGGUAUAAUGAGUAGUCACAGUUGUGUUAACUCGAAGCGGUGCGGGUGUGGGUGCUGACUACUAUAGCAUCAAAAUAGCUUCAGGAUUGUUUUGAUACCUGUAUUUAUAAUAAAAAGAUGUUUGGGGUAUUGAUGAAUCUCUGUUAAAAGCUGUUCCCGUUUGUUCCAUGUAACAGACAUGAUAAAUAUUUGUUUACAGUCUUUGUUUAAUAAAACAUGCUUAGAGGUUUUAAGUGAAGCAACGAAAAGGAAAUAGGUGUAUGGAUAUGUGAUUUCAGAUCAAAGUUAGUCUUGAAAUGUAAAUAAAAUGCGGAAUG